UCCUGACCGGUCCCAGGCAGAGCAGUCUCGCUUCAUGGACCACGAACCAACAUGUUGAUGCUGCAAGAGAAAGAAACUUUAGUAUAUUUUAGAUAAGUAGCAAAGUUUUGAAAAGAAAAAAAAGGGGAGAAGAAGAAAUCUGGGUAAGGAUGAACAUUCGUACAAUGCAGGUCUGGGGGUUUCUGUUGUCGGUGACGGGAUGGAUCUUUGUGUCCUGUUCAAUGGCCAUGGAAGCCUGGAAGGUCGCUCCUAUUGGAGGGGUCGGUGGGAGCAACAUCAUAUCGGUGGGCUGGCACUGGUCCAGUCUGUGGAGAGAAUGCUUCACCGACUCUGCUUCCACAACCAGAUGCUACGAUUUCCCCGUGCUGUGGGCUGUCAAAGGUUAUCUUCAGAUCGUGAGAGCUCUGCUGAUGGCCGGCAUGGGUGUCGGAGUUCUCGCUAUUAUCCUCAGCCUUGUAGGGAUGGAGUGCACCUACAUCGGAGGAAACGACAAUGAGAAGAACCGAUCUGUGCGUGCAGCAGGCAUCUGUCACGUAUCAGGCGGUAAAAGUCUUCACAAUGUUAUUUUAAGAGAGUUCAGUGUGUUUGUGUGUGUGUAUUUGACUGACCGUGUUGUUGUCUCAGGUUUGCUGGCGUCCGCUGGUUAUGCUGUUUAUGCUGAGCGUAUUUAUACAGAGUAUUACAACCCUACAAUUGCUGGCUUGCAAUAUGAAUUGGGAGUUCCGUUGUUUCUUGGAUGGUCGGGAUGUGCUGUUCAGAUCACUGGAGGGGCUUUCUUUCUAGUUUCAGUCUCCAGACUCUCAUCUCAGACCUACAUUCAUGCGCCGACUCUCAGCGUUCCUGUUGUGGAGGCCAAUGCUUUGCGUUCCUCUCGCACAAACAUUUCCAUCAUCUCCGAACAUUCCACAAACUCCAAAACGUCAGCGGUGUCCGCGCUCUCCUCGAAGUCUGAGAUAACAGCCGUGUCCAAAGCCCCAUCAAAGAAGUCUCGUGCCUCCAGAAGCGAACGACCCUCAAGACCUCGACGCUCCGAUAAACCGCGAGACUCUGUCAGAUCUGAAGUGUCAGAGUCUGUGAGCUUCUCGCGAUCCUCAGGAACCAGCAGACAACAUAUCAACAAUAAGGCGUCUUCAACAUCCAGAGGUACCUCACGUCAGUUCAUUAAGAGCUCUUACCUCUGAAAUAACAGUGGAUCUGGAAAAACAAAGGUUCUGGAAAACAGAAAGAGACGGACAGAAUGGGUUGAUAGAUGACAUCUAAAGCAAAGACUAUAGAAUACACAAGACAUAUUACUUGUAUAGUUUUGAAUGGGAAAAGUGUAA